AUGUUGUCGGUUAACAACCAGCGACGUCCUUCAGUUGGCACCAAUAUAACUCCGAGUGUAGGUGUAAGAAGACCUUCAGACGAAAACGUUUCACCAAUUUACAGCGACUCAACGUAUUCUAAUGGUCGUCCACCUUCCCCAUUGGCGUCGCCAACAUUCUCUGGCUAUGCAACUCCCAGCGGUCCUUUCUCCACACUUGAAGCUCGCUCACGUUCAUCUUCUGUCUCAAGCAUGCAUUCUUCAGGUGGUUAUCAUCACGAUGAUUUUCAAUCAGAACAAAACAUGUUGUCAAAUGCUUUUCAAACAACAAGUGAUUUAGACACAAUGUUGACUGCAAGUGAAGCAGCCUUCUCCAAACGUAGACAAUCACCACCUGAUCAAAUAGUUACAGAUAUUGAUCGCUCUACAUUAGAUUAUCCUCCAAGUUCCGCUGCAACUUCGUUGACUCGCAGGGAUCAUAUAACUGGACAUACUCAUGAUCGAAGUAGAUCUACCUCAAUAGACGGGGAUAUUGAAGACUCUGCUUGGCCAAAGGAGAGAGUAUUGCGUUGGCUCGAGGAUAACGGUUUUAAUGAAUAUAGACAAACUUUCGUUGAUAACAAGUUGUUCGGUGAACAGUUUUUUGCACUUACUGACGUGAGGAAAAGCAAGAAUAUUGUAAAGGAUGUUGAUAGUCGGUCUAGAUUGAUAACAGCUAUCCGAAAACUUCGUGAUAGCAGGCCAAAACGUCAGUCGUUUACUGAGAAGGAUUCGCAUACUUUAGGUGGGAGUCCACCUGAGAAUAUGCAAAGCCCAGUUUCUAGUACAUUGUCUUCAACUAAUUCAGUAAUCGGGCAAUAUUCACCUACAACUUCAAACAUUCCGAAUGGUUCUAGUAAAUUAAAAGUAUCUACUAGUGUUCCAGAUUUUCGUAGUUACAGCCCAAAGGGGUCAGUUACUAGUCCUAUAAUAAUUAAUCCUCGAACAUCCUCAAUUGGUUGGGACAGAGAAAGUAAUAAGAGUCUUUCUCCUAAUUCAGCUCUUCCUGAACAUGAAAAUAGUAUUUACGCUGGACUAAGGGUUGUUGGGAGCGUAUCAAUUUCACAUUUACCAGAGCAGUCACAAUCUUUUGCUGUUUCGCAUUCACAUAAUAUUCAUAAUCAACCUGUUAUACAACAAUAUUCAAUGAGCAAGUCAGAAGACAAAAACAUGAGUCCUCAAUCUAGUAAGAGACAGAUUAAACAUACAUCUCAUAAUAGAUCGCAAAGUCAUUCGUCAAGUGACUAUACGUCUUAUUAUGAUCCUCCAAAAAAAAAAAUUAUUCAAGUAACUAAGAACAUGGAAGACUUUCGUUUAGCCAAAUUUACUGAUUAUGAAGAUCCCAAUUCGAUAAAAGAUGUAAUAUUCUCUCAUCUAGAUAUUGACCAAAAUGAGAAAGAAAAUUAUACAAUUCAUGUGGCUGAGAUCGGUCAGGACGAAAUAGGUCCAGCGAUUAGUGACGAUGAUCUCGUUCAAAUAUGCAUGAACGCAGAUGAUCGUGGUAAUUUAAAACUAUUAGUCCAUCGAAUACAGCCUGAUCAACUUAAUUCUAUGGACUAUAAAGAUCAAAAUGUGAAUUUCUCAUCAAAUCGCGUUGAUUAUAAUUGGAAUGGUAGCACGUCACCAAGGUUUCAAAGAUCACCAUAUUCAGCGACUCUGCAACCAGCAAAUGGUCAAAUUCGUCGUCACACUAGUAGAGAACAUAUAUCUCAAAUACCCAUGUCUAUUCCUCCAAAACCAAAUACUAUUCCACAACCAUAUAAUCAAUCCCAAUAUUUACAUUCUUUAUCAUCAUCCCCUUAUAUAGUUGGGCAUUAUAACCAGUAUUCCUAUAAACAUAGUAAAUCACAACCCCAUUUGCCAAUGUCACAAAAUACUAUGUCUAUGAACCUUCACGAAGUGCCAGAAAUAGAAUCUCCUUAUGUGCGUCCUAAACACAUAAUUUCAUCUGAACCAGAUCUUACGCUUAGGAAAUCUGAUAUUCGAUCACAGCACAGUGAUGUAAUUUUUCCAGAUAGUAACGAUGAAAAACCACUUUGGCCUAAAUUAGCAGAUAAUAGUUCUACAUAUAUUGAUGAAGAAAUAUCUAUAUGGGCUAAAGCACCUAAACCUUCGAGUACAUCCAACAGCACAAGUCCUGUAGAUACUUCGCGUCAAUUUACUGACAAAAAUGAAAAUAUUAGCGAUGACGACGAUGGAAUAUGGGCCCAGAAGCCUAAGCAAACUAGUCUUAGACAAAGUGAUAACUCAGCAGUGCUUGAUAGAAAUUCUGCUAAUAUUGAACAGCAAAAUAAUUUACCUGAAAAUGCUGAACAAAAUAGUAAGGAGGUCGACAAAGUUCAAAGUAUAGUUCCUCAAUCAAGAGAAUCAUCAAAUCAUCCACCGCAGCCUAAAAAGCGGGUUAAUGUUGGUAGACUUGCACGACAUGUCUCAAAGCGCAGAGGUGUAAAGCCUGAAGAUUCCUGGAUUGAGCGUCCAACUGCCGAAGACGUUUUUGAAGAUCUAGAGCAAUAUUUCCCUCAUCAUAAUCUUGAUAUGCCUAUUGUGGAAGCUCAAGAAUCUACACAGAAUUCAUCGUCCAGUAGUGAAACAGUUCCACAAACAGUGCCAACAUCCACUGUCCCUGAAAAAACCGGAGCGAAAAUUUCGCGUGGAAAGUCCAUCCGUGCCGCUGCUCGAGAAGCGAGAGAUCGCGAACAUACCAAUCGGAAAUCAGUUGAUGCCACUACAGUAAAAGAGAAGCGACUAAGCAGAAAGCCAACAACUAAACUAUGGGACAAACGUGUUGUUGAGCGAACACCGCCCGGUAAAAAAGCACCUUGCCUUUCCGGUUCUGAUGAAAAUUGUAACGAAAAAAAACCUGUUAACUGGGUGAAAGGUAAACUAAUAGGUAAAGGUAACUUCGGAAAAGUUUAUCUUGCGUUGAACUUGAACUCAUCUGAAAUGAUAGCGGUCAAACAAAUCGAGUUACCGCAAACUUUAUCAGAUAAAAGGAAUGAACGUCAAAAAGUUCAGAUAAAAUCUUUUAAAGACGAAAUGGAAAUUCUUAAGGACUUGGAUCAUGAGCACAUAGUUUCAUAUAUCGGAUAUGAGGAAAACGAUGAAACCGUUAAUAUUUUUCUCGAAUAUGUUAAUGGUGGAUCUAUUGGAACAGUUCUUAGAAGUAAUGGUCCGUUUAAAGAGCCUGUCGAUAUUAAAGCAGAUAAUAUCCUCAUUGAUGAAGAUGGUUGUUGUAAAAUAUCUGAUUUUGGAAUAUCAAAGAAAAGUGACCACGCUUUUGCCUAUGAUAAUAAUUCUAAUAUGUCAUUACAAGGUACAAUAUUUUGGAUGGCACCAGAGGUUUUCACUAAUGGAUAUAGUGCUAAAGUAGACAUAUGGAGUCUUGGUUGUGUAGUACUUGAGAUGUUUACUGAUGAGCGACCUUGGUCUACAUUGACAGAUCUCGCUGCCAUGUUUAAGCUUGGAAGUGAAAAAAAAGCGCCCCCAAUAAAAGAUGAUAUUGAGAUGACAGCUGAAGCUCGAGAUUUUAUAAACAAAUGCUUCAUAAUAAAUCCGGAGGAAAGACCAACAGCCGAAGAACUUUUAGAACAUCGCUUCACACAAGAAGAACCCAACUUCAAUUUUAAAGACUAUAUAAAGAUACCUGGUAAUAACAGUACCGUUUCUGCAAUACCGGAGGAUCACGAAAGCACCGGUUGA